AUUUCUCCUCCAAAAUUUGCAAGAGAAAGAAUCUCUCUCUACCCCAAUUUUAUUUUUUUCUUCCAUAAUUUGGCUUGUUCAUCGCCGUCUUUAGCUACAAAGCCAACUGACCCUUCUUUUAAUUAGUUCAACUUUCAAGUUUCAACUACUCUAUAGCUACUUCUACUUCUACUAGCAAGAAAAAAAUUAGAGAGAAAAGCAAAGAGAGCUCUUUUGCCUUUGCUUUUCUUGUUCAUCAGAUCUUGUUAACACUCCACAUAAAAUUCAAGAAUCUGAAAUCCUGGGAUUCGGAUUCCGCUUCAUGAUAUCAUCUCUUUCUUGAUCAAUUUUUGAUCUUUGUUUCUUUCUCUUUUGGAUUUUGAUUUGAUUGAUUCUAUGGAGGAAGAUCAGGGACUAAAACAUAAGUGCAAGUUUUGUAGCAAAGGCUUUGCCUCAGGUAGAUCUUUGGGGGGCCACAUGAGGUCUCAUUUGAUCAAUAUUUCAUCUGAUGAAAAAUUGAUCAAAAAAAAGAAGCUCCCAACUCUUAUCAAUUCGAAAAGUAACUCCGACGAACUGAGGGAGAAUCCGAAGAAGACAAACAAAUUCUCCAAGUCAUCAAACGAUGAUGAGGGUAGUUUGUUUAAGGACAAGAUUUGUAAGGAAUGUGGAAAAAGUUUCCAAUCUUGGAAAGCUUUGUUUGGCCACAUGAAGUGCCACUCUGUAAAUGGAAGGAACAUUUCUAGUGUCGAAGAGGAUUCUUGGAACGGGUCGAAUGAUCAUCAGAAGCCUGAUUUGGAUAGCGAAUCGGAUAAUGACGGUUUGAACCCGUGCAGACGAAAGAGAUCGGAUAGAAUGAUCAAAAGGUACAACACUUCAUCUUCUUUAAGUACUAUUGCUGCUAAUGUUUCACCCUGCAUUUCUGAGAUUGAUCAGCAAGAACAAGAAGAGGUUGCCAUUAGUUUAAUUAUGCUUUCGAGGGAUGUGAGUGUUAUGAAUUCUGUUCUCGAUCAAUCCUCUGAGAAUAAUUCUAACUUUUUAGAGUCGAACAAAAUUACUCUACUGAACACCAAGAAAUCAAAGUCUGAUGAGGAAAUCAAAACUCCUGUUUUUCCAAUAAAUGGUCUCAAAAUCAGCAAAUCUCAUGUUUCUGCAUAUGGGUUUCUUGAGAAAAAGAAUCUUGACAACGAGUCCGAAGUUAACUCUCCCAAGAAAUUGAUAAAGAAAAGCGGAUCGGAAAAGUUUGAGAUAGAAUCUAAUAAGAAGAAGAAGUUAAGCAAGAGAAAAUGCAUUGUUUCGUAUGAUCCUCAAUUGAGUGUGCCUGAGGAUUUCCAAGAAAAAGUUACUUAUUUUGGCACUUCUGAUUAUGAUUUCUGUGAGAAAAAAAGAAGAUUUGAGUGCACACAUUGUCACAAGGCCUUCUCUUCUUAUCAAGCACUUGGAGGCCAUAGAGCGAGCCACAAGAAAUUAAAAGGCUGCUGCACUCCAAACAACGAAAACAGACUCGACAAUGAUCAAAUUUUGCCAAAUCAAUCUUCGAAUGGUAAACUCAUGAUCGAUAUUUUUGCAAUGAAGUCCGAAUCAGAAGUCAAGAAUAUUUCAAAGGAUUUCAAAUGCCCGAUUUGCUUUAAAGUUUUUGCAUCUGGCCAAGCCUUAGGUGGACACAAGAGAUCACAUUUAAUUCGCGAGGAGAAAACCAAUCCAUCUACCGUGAUCGAAAAACAAGAACCAAUUCCUGCAGGAAUUCGAGAUUUUCUUGAUCUCAACUUGCCUGCACCUGUCGAAGAAGAUCUCAGUAACGAUCAACUUGGGUUAAAGCCAUGGUGGAGCGGAACCAGCAGCCUCGAGCACGAGCUACUACUCGGCCUACUCUCCAGCUGAUGAUCCAUCUUCUUUCUUGGUUAAUUUUCCUUAAAAGAACAUACACAAACUCACACGGAAAAGUGUACAGAUUCGUUAAUUAUUUGCAGAUUUUCGAAGUAAUAACUACUAUGUUGAAUGUUCUUUUUA